AUGGUAAAGGCCAUGUCACCAACCAGCCAGGAGGAGAUAGAGGGAAUGAGGGAGGUUCCUUAUCAAAAUGCAGUUGGUAGCUUAAUGUAUGCAAGUAUUGGGCCUCGCCCCGACAUCACACAUGCAGUAAGCCGGGCAAGCCAGUUUGCAAUUAACCCUGGGAGGCAACACCGGAUUGCAGUCAAAAUAAUUUUAAGGUACUUAAAAGGUACAAGUUCAUUAAAGUUGAUGUUUACGAAUAUAAAAGAUAUGACUUUGGAAGUUUUCUGUUAUGCCUAUUGGGGAUCAGAUGAGGAUGACUGUCAUUCCUAUAUGAGAAACUUGUUCAUUUUGGCAGACCCAGCCGUCAGCUGGGUGAGCAGAAAGCAACCUACUGUUGCCCUAUCCACCACUGAGGUGGAGUACAUGGCACUUACAGAAACUGCAAAAGAAGCUUUAUGGAUGAAGGAAACUUUAUAUGAGCUUAGCCUUCUUUACCACAGUGAGACUAUCAACAUUGCUUGUGGUAACAAGGGAGAAAUUGAUUGGUCUUCCAGCACCAAGGAUUAUAUACAGUCCAAACAUUGCCAUUAG